GUGUGCAUUGUUGGCGGUGGUAAUGCGGCGCAUGCACUUGCGGCCAUGUUGCCUUCCAAAGGGUUUGAGACAUACUGGUACUGUGGAUUCAAAGACGAGGCAGAGAAGAUCAAGAAGGGCGUCAAGGACAACGGGUAUAUUAAAGCCACCUUCCACGACAAAAACAACGAUACGACGGAAAUGAAGGGCAACCCCAAGAUG